GUGACCACUCCUGCAGCGUGGGGGAAGCUACCCAGGAGCAGAUAAUAAGAGGGUUCACCUUGCCUCUUUUUCCCACCCAUUACUUGCAUCCUUACCCCCACCAGGGAGUGAUGCAGGUGACUUGGAGGGACAGCCCUCAGGGAGCAAGCUGGGCCAUCUCCAUGGCAUUGUGCAAGGGAUAUGGCCACUGCUCUGAAAAGUCAGGGCGUGGCAGCAAAAGGCAGAAGAUGGAUGAUUCCAGAUUCCCCCUCCGUCUUGCACCACAGCAGAGGCAUUUGAUGUGCUAUAAGCAGACACCAAAGGACUCAGGAUGGGUUUGGUUGCCCACAGACAGGAGUGCUGCAGCAAGAAAUUUGUUAGAAAAGGCAGGAGGGGAAAGAACUGUCAUGUUGGAGAGCAGAAGAAAUGAAAUGUGAUUUCCGAAGUCAAGACCUGUGAACUGGAUGAGCACAGCUAAGGCAAAGCUCAGAACAGGGCUGGCAUGAACCAGCCAAGCCCAGGCUCUGUUUGGCUGUGCCCUGCUUGCUCCUGGUGGUGCUUGCAGGAGGCAAAACUCUGGAGCAGUGCUGGUGCCAAGGUCCUCCUGUCAGUAGCUGUGCUGAGAGUGGUGAAUUGUUUCUUUCAAAGGUACCUAAGGACUUGGUUUCCUCUACUGCUUAGCAUUCACCUGAAAGAGCCCUUAUUUCCAGAAAGCACCAAGUGUGUGCCAUUUAAAAGCCUUUCCCAUUAAAACUAGCCUGGGCAACCACCAUGAGCAACUGUGAGCUGAUCCUUAGAUCCACAAUAAAUGUGUAUCCCUAAGGUCCUGCUGGUCAAGGCAGGAACAUGCUUUGGCCAAACUCCAUUUCCCUUUCCUCUCUUCUUCCCCCAUUUUGUUCCUCCCAUUUCCUGCCCUAAAUUUACAUGACCAUAAUGAGCUGCUCUUUUGCACACCUGCCCUGGUCCUCCAGGGAAGCAGCUGCCCUACGCUGGGGACAGCUCACUCUCCACAAAUUGCACUGGGACGUGACGGAUGGAGGCGACAGGCAAAGAUGGAACUAUUAUUAUCACUCAUAUGUGGCUCCUUGUCCUUCUGAGGCUGAGAACAAUUCCCAACUUCAUUUAGAGUGUUCCCUCAGAGGGAUUUAAAGGUUGGGACACAGUCCUGAGCUGCACCUUCUCUAUAUUUAGCCCUUUUUAUCCGUCCUCGACAUCCUGCCCCUGCUGCUUGAUCUGCCUAUGGCUCCGAAAGCCCCUCAUCUGGUCGUGCAGCUUUACAGAGCAGUGAACUGGCAUUCCCUUGCUAGUGCCAGAGUUGAGAAACAACCAGAGAAGGGAAGAGAGCAGCAAAAAAGCAGGAGCAGUGAAAGGAAGACUGGGAUCCCAUGGGUAAUGAGGAGGAUGAGUACAGCCAGCUUCACUGGGAGCAGAAAUUGGAAGGAAGGGAGAACAAGGUUCCCAUCUCUGUGCACGUCUGGGUGGGCAAAACCAGAAAUCUACAAAGAAAAAUUAGGGCAGGUGGAUGGACAGUGAUCUCAGAGAGCCAAAUGUAUAUGAAAAAACAGCCUGAAGAACUUGGGAACCAAGCAAAGGAGGCUGGAAGGAGUCAGAGGGAGGAGGUUACCUAGCAGGAAAAGGCAAUCCAAUGCUUAGGGUCAAUGGAUCAGUCUUAAGGGACACUGGAAAAGUGUAAAGUGUGGGCCACAGUGGUAGGGCUGGCGGCACAGGGUGGCUGGAAGUUCAGGUGUGCUGCUUGGUGUGCUGUAGGCUGUGAGCAGAGCUGGAUGGAGCCUUGCAGCCUGACUGCACACUGAAAGUGAGGGGCAAACACCCCAGCAAAAGGAGGAUGUGCAGCCUCUGACCGAAAGCUGCAAGGCCUUCCCCAGCAUCUCCCCGCUCUGUCAGUCAGCUGAGAGGUGGAGUGGAAUGCCAGCCCUUUCCCAAAGGAGGAGAAGUGCAUGGAGAAUCCAGGCUGCCCCACGUGGAGGAGCCACCCCUAGGUCAGAAAGAUGGGGGAAAUGGAGCAGAUGAAGCAGGAGGCUGAGCAGCUGAAGAAGCAGAUUGCGGAUGCCCGGAAAGCCUGUGCAGACACAACGCUUGCUCAGAUUGUGUCUGGAAUGGAGGUGGUUGGACGCAUCCAGAUGCGGACCCGAAGGACCCUGCGGGGACACCUGGCCAAGAUCUACGCCUUGCACUGGUCCACAGACUCCAAACUUAUGGUCAGUGCCUCACAAGAUGGGAAACUGAUUGUGUGGGACACAUACACAACUAACAAGGUUCAUGCCAUCCCUUUGCGCUCUUCCUGGGUCAUGACCUGUGCCUAUGCCCCCUCUGGCAAUUUUGUGGCCUGUGGAGGCCUUGACAACAUGUGCUCCAUCUACAGCCUCAAGUCUCGUGAAGGCAACGUCAAAGUGAGCAGGGAGCUCUCAGCCCAUACAGGAUACCUCUCCUGCUGCCGAUUCCUUGAUGACAACAAUAUCGUGACUAGCUCUGGAGAUACCACAUGCGCGCUCUGGGACAUCGAGACGGGGCAGCAGAAAACUGUGUUCAUUGGUCACACUGGAGACUGCAUGAGCUUGGCCGUCUCCCCUGACUUCAAACUCUUCAUCUCCGGGGCUUGUGAUGCCACUGCCAAACUGUGGGACGUGCGGGAGGGCUCCUGCCGCCAGACCUUCUCAGGGCACGAGUCCGACAUCAAUGCCAUCUCCUUCUUCCCUAACGGCGAAGCCAUCUGCACCGGCUCCGACGACGCCACGUGCCGCCUCUUCGACCUGCGGGCGGACCAGGAGCUCAUCAUGUACUCCCACGAGACCAUCAUCUGCGGAAUCACCUCCAUCGCCCUCUCCCGCAGCGGGCGGCUCCUCUUUGCCGGCUACGACGACUUCAACUGCAACAUCUGGGACUCCCUGAAAGCAGAGCGCGUGGGGAUCCUUUCUGGCCACGACAACAGAGUGAGCUGCCUGGGGGUGACGGCGGAUGGCAUGGCUGUUGCCACUGGCUCCUGGGACAGUUUCCUCAAGAUUUGGAACUGAGGACGGCAGCAGAGAGGGGAAGAGCAGCGGAAGCAUGGCCCACAGCCCGAGCCCAUGCAAAACAGCAUCAUCAGCUGAGCACAGCAGCAAUGCCUACCUACCACUCCCACUUGUCUCUAGACACAGGUCACUUGUAGGAGUCUCCCAGAGUGAAAGGAGAUCAGGGAGGAGAAGCUGGGGGAGCUGGGGAGCAGGAGCAAAUGCACUGGCCCUUCUCUCCACCUCUAAACAGCCCCAGCAGUUUCCAGCCUUGUGCAGGCUUGAAGAGCUGUUCUUUAUGUCUCAGGACUUUGCAGUACAAUUCAGACACACUGCACCCUCCUCCAAACACCUCUACCCACACCGGUACCCAUCCUCCUCCUUCAGAGGACCCCUCAUGCAACACCCACCCCAGACUAAGCUCUCUCCCUGCUUUAACUCUGCCUAACUUCUCUGUGCAGCUGUCCUUGUAUCCAUGCAGACAGCCCCAGAGACACGCUGGAUUUGAGAUUUCUAUGGCACCACCUCAAACAUAAAGCUAGAAUAAAUUUGGCUCAUUUUCAUGGGGGAACACUUAGCUCAAGUCCUAUCUAUGCAUAAAGGGAGGAAAGGAAAGGCAGCCUUCAGACCUGCCAGAAUAGCAGGGAAUACAUUUAUUCUUUUGUUAGUUCAAGUCUUAUCUAUGCAUAUAUGGCAGAAAGGUAGCCCUCAAGACCUGCCAGAAUAUCAGGGAAUAUUAUAUUUAUUCUUAUUUGUUGUCUGCUUCUUGCUGUUCCUUCCCUCUUUGCCUCACUCCUGCAUUGUGUGGUGACCCUGUCUAACCAGUAGCCAUCAGCCCAUGUUUUCAAGUCUGUUUAGAUCUUCAUAGCCCAGGCAAAUAAAGCAAGCUCACAGAAGCACUGCAGGCUGUGUUCUUUCCAGCAUUGCAAUGAGCUGAGAACUCCUUUCCUGUGACUAUUGCCUGCUGGUCUCAACCAGUCAACACCUCAUCCACAGACCUUGCUUUAGCUCACAUCCGCAGGGGAGGCUGUUCCUCACACGCUGGAGUUGGGAUAGCGAGAUGAAAGUGCAUCCUUUCAAAGCUUGGAUAUUUUAGCUCAGUUACACAACCACUUUUUUCAGCCCCUAUUCCACUUGUUGGCUCAGAGCAACACCCUUGGGGGCCCAAGGCUCUGCUGGGAGAGCUGGAGAUCAACAAGGUUUAGUUAAUUAUCAGCAGAAGGUCAAUAUGAAUGGACAAUACCAUCUCACGUUAUUUUGGAUCUCACCCUCACGACAGACCCUUGCAUAACUCAGCUUCAGGUCAGUGUAGGAGCAGUACAGCUCCAGAGGUGACACUGGAUAGACAUCAGUUUCCUGCAGGGAGCUGCAGAUUCCCAGCUCACGCUGUUGUACAUGGAUUCAAGGCCACACCCUUCAGCAUGCUCCAGGCAGGGGACAAGGCAGCUUUAAGGCCAAUGGAAGGCUGAACUAUUUGUUCCUGAGCCCUUGUCCCAGAGAAAAUGUUGUGCUGAGCAAGCACAAUAUCAGGACAUACAGCCAGCAAAGGUUGAAC